AUGUCGACUCCAACGAAUCCCCCGAAUGCUCGCACCCCAACCGGGCCAAAUGGCGCACCGCUGAUGAGGAUGCGUCGUCCCAAAGCAGCUGAUCCUUUAGUUCGACCGAAGAGAAGGCCUGCCCCCAAACCAGCUGGCGCCACUCCCGCCGGCAAUAGAACAGCCACCAAGACUCUUCCCUCACGGCCGUCCCACUCCCAGGCAAUCUUUCCAUCCGAGCGACCUAUGCUUGAGCUUUCAAACAAUAACAUGUCAUCAAAUGGGUUCAGCGGUCCUUUGCUCAGUGAUAAAUAUGUUGAUUAUCCGGUGGUGACGACGAAGCGAGCUCUGAUGGAGGGGCUGAAGCACCACAUCGCGCGAUUUGCCUCGAAGAAAAGCGUCGACCCACGAGAUGAAUCACAAUUUACUCGACCAGUCCGACUUCACCGCCGCGACCCACGUUCACGAACUCACGAUCCAAACUCGGGAAGGUCCGAGAUCGAUGGCCAACCAAUGGAUGAAGCUGAACGCGAAGCCUUUGAUGCCCGCAAGGCAGCACGCGAAAAAGAGCGCGCUGAGAACCUUUCCCAAAUCGCUCCCGCCCUCGGCUCUACCUCGAAACGACCAAAUGCCCCGAAGCAGAAGACGCAGCAGGUUUUCAAGUCUGACAUGACCCCUGAAGAGAUUGCACGAGCACGGAUCAAGUACGAAGAGGCCUUGCCAUGGCACCUAGAGGAUUUCGACAACCAGCACACCUGGGUUGGAAACUACGAAGCAGCUCUGUCUGAAACACAUGCGGUCUUUGUCCUUGACAACGGAAAGAUGAGAAUGAUUCCAGCCGAAAAGUGGUACAAGUUCAACGCCAAAAGUAACUUCAAGGCUUUGACCAUUGAUGAAGCAGAGAAAUUCAUGGCCAAGAGGGUAAAAGACCCUCGAUGGUUCAUGGAAAAGCAGCAGCAGUUGGAGCAAGAAAAAGAGUUGGAAACCUACGCCAAGCAACGCAAAGUCUACGCCGGAAAACAGGGCACAAAUGCCUCAAAGGGUGCGGGAUUGGAGGCUGGUGAAAUGGAUUUCGAAGAGGAUCGAUUUGCCGAUGACGAAGAGCACGAUGACCUCUUCAAUGAGGACGAAGAUGCGAAGGAUGCUGAAAAGAGAAUCAAAGAGGACCAGCUGAAGGCGAAUGUGUUCAAUCUCAAAGACGAGAAGGAGUACGACGCCGAAGAAAUGCGAGAGAUACGUGAACGCGAGGCCCGGCGUGUGUUGGGCAAGGGUGUGCGCAAGGCCCUAAAGAAGAGAGAACGGAACUUUGAUUACAGCAGCGGUUCGGACGUCAAUCCUUACACGGAUGAGGAGAGCUCCGACGACAGCGAAACCGAACGAGCCAAGGAGGAGGAACGCAAGAAGGCAGAAGAAGAAAAGAACCAAAAAGAAGCGCUCUCCUCCAAGGGAACAAAUACUCCCUCCGGUCGACCCAAGCACACAGACCCCCUGAAGAAAGCUGCAGCUGCUGGAUCUCGGAAAAGGCUUGGAUCACCAAACGCUUCCGAUGCGAGCGGCACCGAUACAUCUCGAAAGAAGGCCAAAGGCAUGCAUCUCCCUGCGUCUCAACCCCCAUCGCGUCCUAUCUCUCCAUCCGCUUUGCAGGGCAAGAAACGCGUGCGAAACAUUGCUGGUGGUGCUGGAUCUGGCAGUGAUGUCGAUACUGGUGCUGGGUCUGGGGCUGAACUGACCGAGGGUGGCAAGAUCAAAAAACUGAAACUCAACCCCUCGGUUUCCCGUGGUGGCACUCCACAAGGGUCCCGCGCUGCAAGUCCUUUGCCUCGACUCUCCGGAAGCCGCGCCAACAGUCCCGACGGCCCCAGAGGCCACCGUGUGUCGACUCCAAUCUCUGGAACCCAGACGUUCCCGACGGCCGGAGAAAUCCAUGCAGCCAUCCCGGCAUCUGGCAUCCUCAGCAGCGACCUCUUGAAGGUUUUCCGUCCUCGUAUUGGCGAAUCCAAGGAGAACCACCGGAGAUUCAUUGCCAUUGUCAAGGAUGUCAGUGUCUACGGAAAAGAGGAUCGGAUGCUGCGACCAGGUCCCUGGAAGGGGAACUAA